ACCAAUGACUCAGUUGCUGCUCUGCCUUUUGUUUUUUUUACAGAAGAAGGUGAAUUAUUCCUGUGGGGAAGCAAUAAACACGGUCAGCUGGCUACAGCUCAGCCCUUCCUGCCCUCCCCCGGUCUGCUGAAUCCAUCUCUGCUGAAGGGAGAGAGAGUUAUUAAUGUUUGCAGUGGCUGGACACACGUCGUUGCUCAAACAGAGAGUGGGAGAGUACUGACAUGGGGUAGAGGAGAUUACGGGCAGCUUGGUCGACCGCCCUCAGUCAACCAGAACGCAGAGAAGCCUGGUCCUGGUCCUGAAGCUGAGGGAAACAGGAAGGAUUGCCUCCCAGUAGAAGUUACAUCCCUUAAUGGAGCAACACAGAUUGCCUGUGGAUCUGAGCACAAUCUUGCUAUCGUAGGGGGGCGGCUCCUGUCGUGGGGCUGGAAUGAGCAUGGGAUGUGUGGGGACGGUUCGCAGGCUGACGUCUUUCAUCCUCGCCUCGUUUCUGAUCUCAGGCCUGUUGUGAUUGGCUGCGGAGCUGGACAUUCAAUGGCAGUGUGUUGGGGGGGGGCAGCAAGUUUAAGACAGAACACUGACUCCACUUGAGAAGCACUGGAGCACAGUAAAAGUUCCCCUUCACUGCACAACAGCUUUCUGUUUUUUUAGAGGUCGUAUUUCAAACUGAAACUUCAUCAGUGCUGUGAUUGAAAACAGUUAUGUGCUUUUUGAAAGAGGUGGACCUCAUUGCAGAAAAUGGUAUUUCCCAUCUUAGUCUGUCAUGUUGAAGGUGAAGAAAAUGUACUAUUGUGGUGCUAAAACAUGUUAGUGGUUCUAUCACUGGGAUCCUGCUCUAGUGUUUCUUUGAUAUCUGAGCAAUUCCUAAAUAAAAAUAGCAACCAUAAGCCAUCUAAAACGUUUUAAAAAUCUCAAUAUUAAGCCUUAAGAAAUAGAAAUCAAGCAUCUUGAUUUAGUUGCAUCUUGAAUGUCAUAUAUUGUUACAGUUUUGGCUGAGAUUUGGCUCCCUUUGAGAAAACCACAGGGGUCUGGACAUUCAUCCAAAGCUAGUUACUGAGGACUGAUGUCCUGCGGGUUUGGGAUUUUUUUCUUGUGCAUGACAUCUGGUAAUAUAAAUGAUUUUACUCAAAACUAUCAACACAUUUUCAACUCAUCGACAUAUUAGCUGAGGGAUUGUCUUCCAAAAAACAGAAGAAAACACCAAUAAUGUAUAUUAUUGUUCUGAUUUUACGCCUUGCAAAGAUUAACAUGGAUGAAGGCGAAGGACUCGCAUAAAAAAGCUACAAAAACUUUGUCAACCUAAGUUAACUAAGUCAAUAAAUAUUAAAAACAUAAACCAACAUCAUGCAGUUUGACAAUAGUUUUGAGUCCAGGAAAAAAUGAAAGAAUUAGCAGAUUAUCUACCAAACAAAGAUACAUUUGUCAAUUUCAGUCAAUUGCUGAUUGUUUGUUUGAUCCAGAAACCUAAUUGUCAAAUA